AUUCCCUUCGGCGCGUCCCGCGCUCUCUGGCUGGCGAAGCGACCGGGGAGCCCCUCGGCGCGCCGGAGGAAGGGCGGGACCGAGGCCAAAGCAGCUGUGUGGUCCUGCGGGGAGGGGGACGCGCGGGGCUUCGGGUGACACUGGGGGCGCGCGCGGCUUCGCUCUCCACAAGCCCUUUCUCUGCCCCCCCUUCCCCACUGAAAAGCAGCCCGGCUCGUUCUCUGUUGCCAGGGCAAACCCCAACCCCGCCUCCUCCUCCUCCUCCUCUGCCCGGGUCCACCUCACUUGGCAAGUGAAACAAGCGCCGCCUUGGCCCUGCGUGCAUGGGAAGGGCUGCCUGAGGUUGAUAUCUACCAGGUAGCUGCUCUAACAAUGGCAUGAUGAAGUGGAUUUUAAGGUUGUUGCUUUUUUCCCCCUCAAGUUCUGCAUAUUCCAUAUACAGUCAAGCAUUUUGGAAGAACCUGUUGCUUUUCCAUGCUUCUAUACUUUCCUAUCCAGUCCAGAUUAUAUUCCCACCAGGAAUGAAUUGAAGAACUGCCUUUGAAGAAAAAAUAGAAGAUAUUUCCUCACCUUUGUUUGAACAGCAUGCAAAAUCAGCACAAUAUGGCACAGCGUAGCAUUGCUGUUGGAUUAUUCAUAAUAACUCUCUUAUCCUUGCUGGAUGACAGUUCAUCUUUCCUGUUAAAUCAACGUCUGAAGGGAAGAUUUCAAAGGGACCGCAGGAAUAUCCGUCCAAACAUCAUUCUUGUUCUUACUGAUGAUCAGGAUGUAGAGCUUGGUUCAAUGCAAGUGAUGAACAAGACAAGGCGGAUCAUGGAACAGGGAGGUGCCCACUUCAUCAAUGCCUUUGUGACGACACCUAUGUGUUGCCCCUCCCGCUCCUCUAUUCUCACAGGGAAAUACGUCCACAAUCACAAUACCUACACUAACAAUGAAAACUGCUCUUCUCCAUCCUGGCAGGCCCAGCAUGAAAUUCACACAUUUGCAGUGUACCUCAAUAACACAGGUUAUAGGACAGCUUUCUUUGGGAAAUAUCUAAAUGAAUAUAAUGGUUCCUAUGUGCCUCCUGGCUGGAAGGAAUGGGUUGGAUUACUAAAGAACUCUCGAUUUUACAACUACACACUCUGCAGGAAUGGAGUGAAGGAAAAGCAUGGAUUUGACUACUCUAGGGAUUAUCUGACUGACUUGAUCACCAAUGACAGUAUUAGCUUCUUCAGAAUCUCAAAGAAGAUGUAUCCUCAUCGGCCAGUCUUGAUGGUUCUAAGCCAUGCAGCUCCUCACGGUCCUGAAGAUUCAGCCCCCCAGUAUUCUCAUCUCUUCCCAAAUGCAUCUCAGCACAUCACACCAAGUUAUAAUUAUGCUCCAAACCCAGACAAGCACUGGAUAAUGAGGUAUACUGGCCCUAUGAAACCUAUUCACAUGGAAUUCACCAACAUGUUACAGCAAAAGCGGCUUCAGACACUCAUGUCUGUGGAUGAUUCUAUGGAAGCGAUUUACAGUACAUUGGUUGAAACAGGUGAACUGGAUAAUACUUAUGUAAUAUAUACAGCAGACCAUGGCUAUCAUAUUGGACAAUUUGGACUGGUCAAAGGAAAAUCCAUGCCAUAUGAAUUUGACAUCAGAGUCCCAUUCUAUAUACGUGGCCCAAAUGUGGAGGCUGGAUCUUUGAAUCCUCACAUUGUACUGAACAUUGAUCUGGCUCCUACAAUUCUAGAUAUUGCUGGUCUGGACAUACCACCUGAUAUGGAUGGGAAAUCCAUUCUAAAACUGCUGGAUUCUGAAAGACCUGUCAAUAGGUUCCAUUUGAAAAAGAAAAUGAAGGUCUGGAGGGACUCAUUCCUGGUAGAGAGGGGCAAACUGUUGCACAAACGAGAAAAUGAGAAAAUGGAUGGUCAAGAAGAAAAUUUCCUGCCCAAAUACCAGCGAGUAAAAGAUCUCUGCCAGCGAGCUGAGUAUCAGACUGCUUGUGAACAACUUGGGCAGAAAUGGCAGUGUGUGGAAGAUGCCACUGGGAAGCUCAAGUUGCACAAAUGCAAAGGGAUGGCUAGUCUUACAGCUCCUGGUGGUAACAAAGGGAUUUCUAACCUCCUGCCCAAGUACUACAGCAGAAACAGUGAGGAUUGCAACUGUGAGGAGAACGAAUACAAGUUGAGCUCCGUUGGACGUCGGAAGAAGCUCUUCAAGAAGAAAUAUAAGGCAAGUUAUAUUAGGAGUCGUUCGAUUCGUUCAGUGUCUGUGGAGCUUGAUGGAGAGUUGUAUAAUUUGGAUUUGGAAGAUGGGUACCAGCCUGUUUUGCCAAGGAAUAUCACAUAUAAACGUAAGAAUGAUAAAGGAGCUGAAGGAGAAGAGGAGGAUGACGACGAUGACGACGAUAAGGAUGUAGGUGAAUACAGUGGUACUGGCAGCAUUCCUGAGAAGGCAGCCCCUAAUUUAAUAAAGGUGACACACAGAUGCUACAUCUUAGAGAAUGACACUGUUCAAUGCGACACGGACUUAUAUAAGUCACUGCAAGCUUGGAAGGACCAUAAGCUUCAUAUAGACCAUGAGAUUGAAACACUACAAAAUAAAAUUAAAAACCUGAGGGAGGUGAGAGGUCAUCUAAAGAAGAAGCGACCAGAGGAAUGUGAUUGUAACAAGAUAAGCUUCCAUACUAAGCAUAAGGGCAAACUGAGGCACAAAGGAUCUGGUCUCCAUCCUUUCAAGAAAGCCCUGCAAGAGAAGGACAAAUUGUGGCUCCUCCGAGAACAGAGGCGAAAGAAGAAGCUACGGAAGCUGCUUAAGAGAAUCAAAAAUAAUGACACUUGCAGCAUGCCUGGCCUGACGUGCUUCACCCAUGAUAACCAGCACUGGCAGACUGCCCCCUUGUGGACAUUGGGUCCGUUCUGUGCCUGUACCAGUGCAAACAACAAUACCUAUUGGUGCAUGAGGACAAUCAAUGAGACACAUAACUUCCUCUUCUGUGAAUUUGCUACUGGCUUCCUUGAAUAUUUUGACCUCAAUACUGAUCCUUAUCAGCUAAUUAAUGCAGUGAACACAUUAGACAGAGAUGUUCUUAAUCAACUUCAUGUGCAGCUCAUGGAAUUGAGAAGCUGUAAAGGAUACAAGCAAUGCAACCCAAGAACACGGAAUAUGGAACUGGGCCUUAAAGAUGGAAGCUAUGAGCAAUACAGGCAGUUUCAGCGUCGAAAGUGGCCAGAAAUGAAGAGGCCUUCGUCUUCCAAAUCAUUAGGACAACUUUGGGAUGGCUGGGAAGGCUGAAUUCCUGCAACUGCUGGACCUCAGUGAGGAAAAAAACUGGCCAGAACUUGAAUUCCUUGUAUAGACUUUAAUGAAAGUGUAUAUGAUUUCAGACUGAAUUAUGGUGUUAAGCCUGGAGGACUGGAUGAACUUUAAUGCUAAAGUAGAUAGGGUUUUUGCACUGUUAUGCAAGCCAAAUAGAUACAGUGAUCUUCUGGAAACUACUGUCAUCAAGAAUAUGUAUCCUUUCUUGAAGCCUACCCGUUUACCUGCUUUUGCUUUGGAUUAUACCUCACUUGCUUCACAAGCUAUUCUACUUCUGAUCAGUCACUGCAGAGACUACUCUUAAGAGAUGACAGUGGAAAAAGUGUGAAUGGCCCAUCAAAACACUUAGAACCUUAAAGUCCAAAAGCACACACAAGAAUUUUUCAGUUGUAACCCAUCCAUUUUAAUCUCCAUUAUCAAAUGGUAUCAGAAGGACAACCUUAUGAAGAUGCUAAUCUGGAUAUUUGUUUCCUUUGUGGCUUAGGCAAGUCUGUGUUAGCAAAAAUGGUAGGAAACAGUAAUUAAAGGAUGCCUGGAUUUCAGGAAGACAAUAUCAAAUAAUUGCACAGAUUCAGAACAGUAACAGCCUACUCUUUGUCUACUACAGUAACCAAUUUGGUUCACAGUUCACUCAUCUGCCUUGAGGCCGACAGGAAAAACAGAAGGCAAUUCAGAGAACCCAGCUUCCAGCAUGAUACUGUAAAUAAUCAGUGUCCUGUUCAAAAGAAAUCAAGCCUAGAAUUUUGUUACCGAAGUGUUGGCAUGCCCCACUACCACUUCUGAAAGUUUCACCUCAUUGCAUUGCAUAAUGAAACUUAAGAAUCUGUCCAUUUUCAAAAGCUGCAAAACUAAAGGCAGUUUAUGUAUGUCUUGAAUUUUAACAAAGUUGGAUUUGUAUUAUGUCUUUGUGAUUAUAUUGUACGUUCAAAAACCAAAAUUACUACUAUAAAAAGCACUUGUUUACUUUUA